UCCGUCGCCCACUGAGCCAAACUGGAAAUGGGCACUGGCUCUCUGGUGGGAGUUGGCUGUUGAGCUGUACAUCUCAUUGCCUGGAAACGGGAGCCGGAAGGUUCUCAAACAAGAUUCCGCUUUCUUAGGGCGGUAACGGCGUGCACGGGUUGGGGAAGGGAGGUAGGAGAAGCGGAGCCGCUCUGAACCAUGCUAGGGAACUGUGGGUCAGUCUGUGAAGAGGCCCAGCUUUGCGGGACAGCGGUGCGAGCCUGCGCCGAGAGACGUUCGUGUGACCGGCGGAAAACUACAUUUCCCAGCAUCCUCUCGGUACCAGAACUACCUUACCCAAAAGCCUGAACGCGAUUCAUCCAGCUUUUCGCCCUUCCCCGCCAGCUGGAAAGCCGAAGACAUGUGGGGUCGCUGGUUUGGGCGGCUCCUGCGUUCUGAAGGCAGCGGGGGCCGCUGGGUUUCAGCUCCCCGCGGGCGUUUUUCCCCGGCCCUGAGGAGAGAUUUCUUCACCACCACAACCAAGGAAGGAUAUGAUAUGAGGCGAGUGGACAUAACUCCUUUAGAACAAAGGAAAUUAACGUUUGAUACCCAUGCAUUGGUUCAGGACCUGGAAACUCAUGGAUUUGACAAAGCACAAGCAGAAACAAUUGUAUCAGCAUUAACCAUUUUAUCAAAUGUCAGCCUCGAUACUAUCUAUAAGGAGAUGGUCACUCAAGCUCAACAGGAAAUAACAGUACAACAGUUAAUGGCUCAUUUGGACUCCAUCAGGAAAGACAUGGUCAUCCUAGAGAAAAGUGAAUUUGCAAAUCUGCGAGCAGAGAACCAGAAAAUGAAAAUUGAAUUAGAACAAGUUAAGCAACAACUGAUAAAUGAAACCAGUCGAAUCAGAGCAGAUAAUAAACUGGAUAUCAACCUAGAAAGGAGCAGAGUAACAGAUAUGUUUACAGAUCAAGAAAAGAAACUUAUGGAGGCAACCACAGAAUUUACCAAAAAUGAUACCAAAACCAGAGGUAUUAUUUCAGAGACCGGUAACAAAAUUGACACUGAAAUUGCCUCCUUAAAAACCCUAAUGGAGUCUAACAAGCUUGAGACAAUUCGUUACCUUGCAGCCUCAGUGUUUACUUGCCUGGCAAUAGCAUUGGGAUUUUAUAGACUCUGGAAAUAACAGUGAAACUACUAUAUUAUGCUCCUACUCCUGCCACUGUUGACUUCUUAGAACAAACACUGUGCCAGGAUGGAUUUACUCUGAACAUUGAAAAUUGAAGUAGAAAAAUACAACAUUAUUUAAAGUACAUAUGGACUAAUGGAAAUGUUUUAGAAUGGGAAGGUGUAUUUUGUCUUUGUUUUUUAUAUAUGUCUUUAUUUCGUUAUGUUGAAAAGAUGCUCUUCAAAACCUGAUUGAUUUGAGAUAAACAGGCCUUUUGUCUUUAUCCUUUUGAUAGCUCACAGAAACUGAACCAGACUUUUCUUGUUUGCUUGAACAACUGUAAAUCAUACAGGAUUUCUUUGGUAUGUGUUGCAAAUUUGUUUAGCUAUAAAUAGGGAAUCUAAAGUAUAGAGCAGUCAAAAGAUUGACCUUGUAUGGUCCAGCGAGUGAGAAUCAGAGGCUCUCCAACUAAAUUUUUUUCAAAGAGCUAACAGCUGGGUUGUUUUCAAAACAAAACUUUCUGUAUUUUGAUUCAAAAUAUCUCAGAAUCCUCUUGCCUAAGAAAAUUCUUGGCACACUGUAGAUAAAUUUGUGUUGGAUUAAUAAAUAAAGACCAUAUAGGUUCCAUUGUAAUAAACUCUACAGUACAUUUGCUCACUCAGUAAAUAAGAAUGCCUUCUAUGGGCCAGACAACAUGCUGGUACCCAUGUGCACAGAGCUGAACAUGGCUUCCUUAUCAUGGAACUGACAAUCUUAGUUGGAGAAGACAGACAGUAAACAGGUAAAUUAUUCAUUUGUUACAGUUUAAAUAUGCUAAAAUAUUGAGGGGGAGUAUUUCUUUUCUCCAUGUGAAGGAAGCUCCAGUAGCAUAACAUUGUAAUCACUCUUCCUUCAACCACCCUGCCCUAGGUGAUUAAGUAAGGUGAAAGGAGAAACAAGGCCCAAGUAGCCCAGCCACUUCUCCCCAUUCCUGUUUGGGACCAGCCUGUCUACAGAGAGCAUUCAUUCUGUAGGAUCAAGUUCACCUCUGCAGGGUGAGGCCUGCUCUAGUACAGUGAUACUUGGGACAAGGUAAGUCUGUCUGUCCGAUUCGGGGGUCAGUGAUAAGUUUACUGGACUGAAGAUAUUAACCACAUUCUCCAGUAUCAGUUUUAUCAGUAAGUAAAGGUAUUAUUUAGGUCCUUAUAUCAGUUCAUUUUUUUGAGUUUAUUUUUGUAUAUGGGGUUAGAGAAUAUUCUCAUUUCAUUCUUUUACAUGUAGCUGUCCAGUUUUCCCAGCACCACUUAUUGAAGAGAUUGUCUUUUCUCCGUGAUAUAUUCUUGCCACCUUUGUUGAAGAUUAAUUGGCUGUAGGUGUGUGAGUUUCUCAGCUCUCUAUUCUGUCCCAUUGAUCCAGAUGUCUGUUUUUGUGCUAAUACAACACUGUAUUGAUUACUGUAGCUUUGUAGUAAUGUCUGAAGUCUGGGAGGGUCAUGCCUCUAGCUUUGUUCUUUUUCCUCAGAAUUGCUUUGGCAAUUAUGGGUCUUUUGUGGUUCCGUAUAAAUUUUAGGAUUAUUUGUUCUAGUUCUGUGAAAAAUGUCAUGGGUUGUGGUCAGAAAAGAUGCUUGAAAUAAUUUCUAUCCUCUGAAAUUUGUUGAGGCUUGUUUUGUGUCCUAGUAUGUGGUCUAUCCUAGAGAAUGUCCCAUGUGCACUUGAAAAGAAUGCGUAUACUGGUUUUUUGGGGUGCUGUGUCCUGAAGACAUCAAUUAAGUCUAACUGUUCAAUUGUGCCAUUUAGGAUCUCUGUUGCCUUAUUUUCUGUCUGGAAGAUCUGUCCAUUGAUGACAGUGCAGUGUUGAAGUCUACUCUUAUCGUAUUCCUGUCAAUUUCUCCCUUUAUGUUUGGUAGUAUUUGUUUUAUGUAUUUAGGUGCUCCUAUAUUGAGUGCAUAUAUGUUAAUGAGUGUACUACCCUCUUCUUGUAUUGAUCCUUUUAUCAUUAUACAGUGUCCUUCUUUAUGUUUCUUUAUGGCCUUUGCUUUUUAAAGUCUAUUUUGUCUUAUAUGAGUAUUGCUACCCCCACUUUCUUUUCAUUUCCAUUUGUACGAAAUAUCUUUUUCCAUCCCCUCAUUUUCAAUCUAUGUGUGUCCUUCACCCUAAAGUGGGUCUCCUGUAGGCAGUAUAUUGUAGGUUCUUGUUUUAUUAUCCAAUCUGCCAUUCUGUGUCUUUUGAUCAGAGCAUUUAGUGCAUUGACAUUUAAAGUAAUUAUUGGUAAGUAUAUAUUUAUUGCCAUUUUAAACCUUGUUUUCCAGUUGAUUUUGUAUGUCUUCUUCCUUUCUUCUUUUUGUGUUUCCUUUUGUGGUUUGUUUUCUUUUGUAUUAUGCCUGAGUAACUUUCUUUUGGGUUUUUGGGAACCUAUUGUGUUUUUUUGAUUUGUGGUUACCCUGGUUUUCAACUGUUAAACUGUCACUAUAUCUACUUGCUUUAGACUGGUAGUCAUAUGAGCUCAAACACAUUCUAAAAGCUCUACAUUUGUUACUCCCCUUCCCUACAUUUUGUGAUUUUCAUGUCCUAUUUUACAUCUUCAUGUUUAUCCUUUUCUGUUCAAUCAUUUUCACAGAAUUUUUUGGAUUGUUUUUUAACUGUGUACUGUCUUAUUUUUUUUUAAUUUAUUAAUUUAUUAGUUAUAUUUGGUUGCAUUGGGUCUUCGUUGCUGCGCGUGGGCUUUCUCUAGUUGUGGUGAGCGGGGGCUACUCUUCGUUGCAGUGCGCAGGCUUCUCAUUGCGGUGACUUCUCUUGUUGCUGAGCACGGGCUCUAGGUCGUGCGGGCUUCAGUAGUUGCAGCACGUGGGCUCAGUAGUUGUGGCUCGCAGGCUCCAGAGCGCAGGCUCAGUAGUUGUGGUGCACGGGCUUAGUUGCUCCAUGGCAUGUGGGAUCCCCCCGGACCAGGGCUCGAACCCGUGUUCCCUGCAUUGGCAGGCAGGUUCUUAACCACUGCGCCACCAGGGAAGCCCUGUACUGUCUUAUUUAAAUGAUCUUCAAUCCUUUUAUAUAUUUACCUUUUCUAUUGUGAGUUUCCCUCUCCUAUAGAUUGUUGCUUCUUUUCAAUUUAGAGAAGAGCUUUCAAUAUUUCUUUUAAGAUAGGUUUAGUAUUGCUGUUUACUCAGUUUUUGCUUGUCUGAGAAAUUCUUUUUGUCUCCUUCUAUUCUAAAUGAUAAUCUUGCUGGGUAGAAUGGUCCUAGGUUGCAGGUUUUUCCCUUUCAGGACUUUGAAUAUAUCUUGCCAUUUCCUUCUGGCCAGCAAAGUUUCUGUAGAGAAAUCAGCUGAUAGCCUUAUGGGGGUUCCCUUAUAACUUUUUCUCUUGCUGCCUUUAGAAUCCUCUCUUUAACUUUUACCAUUUUAAUUAUGAUAUAUCUUGGAGUAGGUCUGUUUGAGUUCAUCUUGUUUGGGACCGUCUGUGCUUCCUGGACCUGGAUAUCUAAUACCUUCUUUAGAUUUGGGAACUUUUCAGCCAUAAUUUAUUCGAAUACAUUUUCAAUCCCCUUUUCUCUUUCUUCUUCUUCUGGGAACCCUAUUAGACAUAGUAGAUUGGUGUGCUUUAUAUUAUCCCAUAGAUAGCAUAUGUUCUGUCUGCUGUUUUGAUUGGGUGAUCUCCAUUAUUCUAUCUUCCAGAUCACUUAUUUGUUCUUCUGCAUUAUUUACUUUGCUGUUUAUUGCCUUUAGCUUUGGUUUUCAUCUCGGCAAUUGAGUUGUCUAAUUUUGAUUGGCUCCUCUUUACAGUUUCUAGUUCCUUGUUACAGUGAUCUACAUUUCUAUCAAUCAAUAGCCUUUCUUAAUUCCUUCAGCAUUUUUAUUACCUCCUUUUUGAACUCAGGGUCUGGUAGACUGUAGAGGUUUCUUUCACUGUUUGUCCUUUCAGGGGAUUUCUCUUGUUCUUUUAAUUGGGAGUAAUUCCUUUGCUUCUUUUUUCUUAUAUUAUUUCUCUAUGAAUUUAGGAGAAGCAGUUAUCUACUGUGGUCUGGAAGGGCUGUUUUUAUGUGGGAGCAUCCCAGUGUAGCCUGCUUGAGUCCAUUAUCUUUGGUGCAAGGGCUGUUUUUGGUAUCGAUGCUUGCCAUGUCUUUCCUCAGUGUGUGCUGGCCAUUAUCCCCUUGAUAGGGGAGUGUGAUUAGUGUCAUGGUGACCAGAGCCCACACUGGAUGUUGGGCAAGGCCUCCUCUUUGCUCUGUGGGUGUCACAGCCCUGUCAGGGGCAGGGUCUGCUCCCCAGUUGUUGUAGUGGAAAUCCCCAGAUCUGGUUCUAAGCUGUGGUGUGAAGUAGGCAGGACUGGAGCACUCCCCCUGGGAGAGGAGCCAUUGCAUGUUCCUCCCCAGGAGCUGCCUGCCAGGACGUGGGAUUCUGUGAUGCCACCUGCCACCCGGUGUGUGCACCCACAAAGAUCAGUGUUGCUGGCACUGCCCUUUGGGCCCACCUCCUCUUGGGGACCCUGGUAAUAAGUUCAGAGCAUACGUGCUCACCAAGCCACCGGCACAUAAACCCACUGGAGCUGCAUCCCCUGAGCCCGCAGACAGUCGGCCCAGGGCGCCCUCAGGCACACGUGUGCAGUUCCAGUGAAAAGUCCGCCAGAGCAGGAACCUGCAUCCCAGCAACCACAGUGGGAUGGCCAGCUAUCAGUUCAGCUUUCAGCCUCACCUCCACAUGCACACACCCCCAGUAAUGGUCCAGACCACACUCCAGACCCUUUGGUCUGUCUCCGUGCAACCAAACCGAGUCCUCUCCUCGGGUCUGUCUGCUGAAGCCCGAGUUUCAGCACCCAGUCGCUGUGCACACCAGCAGGCGCACAUCUUGGGCUGGGAAGUGUGGUGACGUGGUCAGGACCUUCUGUGUUGGUCUCUCCGUACCCUGCGGUGCCUCAGGCCAACUCUCAUACCCUCCUCUCCAGCCUCUGAAGCUCCCUAUCUGACCUGGCAUACCUCCCAGCUGGUGAAGGAGGUUCCCAGGGUGAGGUUAGCAUUCUUCUUUCACAGCUCCCUCCCAAGGGUGCAGGUCCCAUCCCAAUUCCUCCUCUUCUCCCUUUUCCCUUCAUCCUACCCAGUUACAUGGGGAUCUUUCUUGAAGCUUUGGUUGUAUGAGAUCUGGAAGCAUUCAGUGGGUGUUCUGUGAGAACUGUUCCACAUGUGGAUGGAUUUUUUGAUGUAUUUGUGGGAGGAGGUGAGCUCCACAUCCCUCUACUUAUAAAGGGGAAAAAAUAUGAGGCAGUGGAAAACACUAUGGUCAUCACCAACACUAGAAUUAGUGAUGGUCAUUUGUAGAAUAGCUACAUUGACUAUAUAUAUAAAACAGUGAAUAUACUAAAUGAUAUAUAUCAACUCACCUAUUUUUCAUUGCAGUCCUCUUAAGUAGGUGGUAUUAUCCUCUUUUACAGCUAAAGAAACCAGCUAAGUGAAGUUAAGGUCACACAGUUAUAACUUCACACAGGUGAAGUUGCCAAGAUGACACCGCAGAUAAGUCACAACACUUUAACUCAAGAUUUUAUGCUCUUAAUAGUAAGAGUAAUCUCCAAGUUGAGUUCUCUGAGAACUCACUGUAGUUGUGAUUUGCAUUUUGCUAAUACUUAGCAAUGCUGUCCAGGCUCUUCUUUCCAUGUGUCCUGGCUCCUUUUUGUCUUAUGCUCCAUCACCCCUGGUAGUGCUCUCAUUUGCAAAGUUCAGUGACUCACUACCACCCCACAUUCCAGAAGAAGAAAGGGGAAGGUGUGGGAAAGCCCUUUCCCUUUAGGGACAUGACCCCUGAGGUUUUACACACCAUUUUCGUUCACACUCUAUUGGCCACACUUGGUAUCUUAGCUGCAAAGAAGACUGGGAAGUCAGUCCUUAUCCUGAGCAGCCACAAGCCCAGGUACAUCCUAAUACUAUAGAAAAAGGGGAGAAGAGGUAUUGGGAGACAUCCAGGGAACCUCUGCCACAAGGGUGCAUGCUUCUAUUACAACACUCUUCUGGUAUUUCCUACCUUACUUGUACAGAGACUAGAGAUGUGGCCUUGAGAAAACAGGAGGAAGUGUAACAAACUAUUUCCAGGGUUGGGAUUACUUUAGAGUCAUCAGGCUAGAAGGAAAAAGUAAGGCUGUGUGUAGUCCCAGAAGGUGAGAGAAAUGUUGGCUUUGGGAAUUCCAGAAUGCAGACUCCGAAAUUCCCCUCCUAAGGUUAGAAUCCCAGCUCCACAUUGCUGUGUGACUCUGGGCGACUUUCUUAAUCUCCAUGUAUGAAAUGCUGUACCUCUCUUCAUACAGCUGUGGUGAGAAUUAAGUGGUAAUACAUGUAAAGGACUUGGUACAGAUCACACACAUAGUAAGUGCCCAAUAAAUGUUGACAACUGUUUUUACUACAGAUUGAAAGCCUGUUGGAAACCAGAGAAACUAACAAUAAUGACUAUAAAGGUUAUGAAAAGGAUAGGUAAGCCAUUUUUGAACACUUGCUUACAGGCCUUUGACCAGGCUAAACUGGUCUUAGCAAUCAAAUGCACUCGUGUCAGGGCAAACUGGUCCUGAUGAUACUGGGCCAAAAUGGCCCGUCCAUGUAAGGUACUUGCCAGGGCCUAGAGGUGGACAGUCUGGGGUAUGGUGGGAAGGCUGAUGCCAGUGAAGCAAGCUCAAAGCCAGCAAUCAGAUCUUCAGAGGGAGGCAGAAACUAGACAAGUGCCCCAAGAGAGUCACACGUCUUUGCUAGCUCAAGGAAGAAAAGGAUGGGGUAGGAAAAGUGAGGGAAUUGAAGUCCAAACUGAAAUGAAAUGCCAUGGUGGUUUUUUGGUCAGCGAAGUCAAGGGAAAAGAGAAAAAAGAGAAGAAUAAUAAAGCCACAUAUUUUUCAUCCUGUCCAGUCAACCUCAUCUCUGUUAUUCCUUUCUUAUAAGGCUUGCAAGACAAAACAAUGGUUGAAUUCUAAAGCAGAUUAUUUAAAUGUAUAUUUUUAGCAAACAUGCAUUACGGUUUUUUUUCUUUUUACAAGAGCUGAUUGAUUUUCAUUUUAUGUAAACUUCCCUGGAGAUAUUUGGUUGUUAUUGUAAGAAGUUGUCCUUUUGUAAAACUUACUUGUCUUUUUCUCCUAAGUUCAGAUGCUGUUUAAAAAUCAAGUCAUUUGACAUACACAUGGCCAAUAGGCACAUGAAAAGAUGCUCAACAUCACUAAUUAUUAGAGAAAUUCAAAUCAAAACUACAAUGAGGUACCACCUCACACCAGUCAGAAUGGCAUAACAUUUGUAGUGAGGUGGAUGGACCUAGAGACUGUCAUACAGAGUAAAGUAAGUAAGAAAGAGAAAAACAAAUAACUGUAUGCUAACACAUAUAUAUAGAAUCUAAAAAAAAAAAAAAAUGGAGCUUCCCUGGUGGUGCAGUGGUUGAGAAUCUGCCUGCUAAUGCAGGGGACACGGGUUCGAGCCCUGGCCUGGGAAGAUCCCACAUGCCGUGGAGCAACUAGGCCCGUGAGCCACAAUUACUGAGCCUGCGCGUCUGGAGCCUGUGCUCCACAACAAGAGAGGCCACGACAGUGAGAGGCCCGCGCACCGUGAUGAAGAGUGGCCCCCGCUUGCUGCCCUCACACAGAAAUGAAGACCCAACACAGCCAUAAAUUAAUUAAUUAAUUAAUUUUUUAAAAAAAUAGUCAUGAAGAACCUAGGGGCAGGACGGGAAUAAAGAUGCAGACCUACUAGAGAAUGGACUUGAGGGCACGGGGAGGGGGAAGGGUAAGCUGGGACGAAGUGAGAGAGUGGCAUGGACUUAUAUACACUACCAAACGUAAAAUAGAUGAUAGCUAGUGGGAAUCAGCCACAUAGCACAGGGAGAUCAGCUUGGUGCUUUGUGACCA